UCAAAGCUCGCGCAAGCGUACCGCAUGUGAAUCGGAAAAAAAGGGCCUCCGAUCGGGAAAUCUUCACGACUCGCGAUCGAUCAACCGGCAUUUUCCCAUUCGCCACUCUGGAUACGGUUUCAAAUCGCAAAACGUGACAAGUUUCCCUGGAAAAUGGGCAAAAAUCGAUAAAUUAAGCCAAGCUCCCAAGUGACGUAUGCGUAAUGUGACCACAGUGCGGAUAAAUUGUGCUUUUUUUCGUAAAGCAUCCCUCACCGGCUCUGUAGAUGUAUUUCGAAAACGAAUUGAACGAAAAAGCAUAAAGGAAAAAUCCACAAAAGUACGUGCUGCCAAAAGUGCCAAAAGAAGGGCAGAACAAGCGAGGAAUUUGGCCGAAGAAGCUGGACAAAAUCGACUUGAAAGGAUUCGCAGCUGGAACUACAUCCAUCCAGCUACAGAUUCAGAUACAGAUACAUACACCAGUGCCCACCAAGAUACGGAUACAUACAUGAGGCAGGCAACGAACCACAAAAGAUACAUGCCAUGUUCCCACUAACCAACCGCUCUUCGAGUGGCAAUCGCACCAACAACUUCAAUACGAACAACAACAACACUCAGACCACGAGCUUUAUAAUCGGCGGUACCGGCAAUAUUAACAACAACAAUACCAACAGCCAGAUCGGUGGCACAGGCAGCGCUAAGGAUAAAGGAAAUUUUGAAAAUAAUUGGAGCUGCAAUAAAACAACCGGUCGUCGAUCUGGAAGUGGAAAUAGCUGCAGUUUUUUAGAUCUCCAGUCCAUCCGACGUCUCCUGGAACACGAUGCCAGUGGAUCCGUGUGCCCCUCCUGCCGCAUAUCCUUCGACAAGGGCAAGAGACGGAAACUGAUCGACACCUGCGGCCACGAGCGGUGCUAUUCCUGCAUGUUCCGCAACGACCAGUGCCCCAUGUGCAUGAACAGCUCGCUGAAAGAUGUUGAUGGCGCCAACGCUCAGGGCUACGACACCGGAAUCGGUGGAUCCACAUCGACGAUUGUGAGUCCUCUUGGAUCCCCGCAGCCGCAGCUCAGAUCGCAUGCGCAACGGAACGCGGCUCUGGCGCGCUAUAUGCAGCAGCACCGCCAGGAGUCGCAGUCGCCGGAUUACCACCACCGCUAUGCGAGCAAUGGCAAACUGCCCCGGGCGGCGGCCUCUACCAAUGGCAAUGGCUUUUCCACCGGCACCACGCAGACGGUCACCGUGGAUGUGCACCACCAGCACCUCGGCGGAGGAGUCGCCUCCUCCUCCGUUGCCAAGCAGUUGAUGGCCAACGGCAAUGGCAUAAGUGGCCACAGCCGCAGCAGCAGCCUGAGCCACAACAUCCAUGCGGUGGCCUACAGCGAGCUGAGUGCCGCACCACCGGCCUUUGCCACACCGCCGACGCGGAGGCGGUUCUUCAACCACAAGAAUCUCCUCACCAGAGGAAGUGGCGGGGCAUCAGGCGGAGGAGGAGGAGGAGGAGGCUUGGCUGGAGGUGUGGGCGGCGGCCAUCGACGCACUGCCUCCAAUGGGGGUUGUCCCAUUGACACGGCAUCAAUCCUGUCCGGAGGAAGCGACGCCCUUGACCAUCACUCAUCGCUGCUGAAUGAGAAGCUACAGAAGGACCAGCUCCACGCCCGGCUCGGCCUGCUGCUCAACGAUCCCGGGAGCAAUGGGAACAGCAGCAGCAGCGGCAGUGGCUGCGAUCCCAUCUCGGCCCACUCCACCACGAGCACCACCAGCAGCAGCGGAGUGGGAGCGGCCAGCACCACCACGAGCGGCUCCUCGCAGAAUGUCAGUCCGGAGCAGACGCUGGCCAGCGGAGCCGGAAUGCUCAGCGGCAGCCAGCUGUCGGUGGCCACCAGCCACGGGGUGGGGGUCAAAGAGGAUUCCCUGAGUCUGUGUGGCAAGUUCAAGGCCGGCUGCUCCAUGCUGCACGUGUACGAGGCACUGCCGAGCAAGAGUCGCAAGGGAAACGCUCGGAGAUCGACGCGUGGUCAGCAGGCAUCCAGUUCCAGUUCAUCGGCAGCAGCAGCAGCAGUGGGAUCCAGAGUCACUGCCUCCACUUUGGCGGCGGUUCAGUUGGCCCUGAAGCCCUUGUUCUUUGAGGUGCCCCUGCAGGAGCCCGAUCCUCCGUAUGUGGGUCGCCAGUGGCUGGUGCAGCAGCUGUCCAACAUCCUCCUCGGAACCGAGACACGGGUGGUGCUUAUCAACGGGCAGCCGGGUACGGGAAAGACCGCGUUUUGCCUGCAGCUGGUGGAAUACUCCUGCUUCGGCCGUCGGCAAAUGCAGGACGAUCCCGAUGGCAUCUACAGCCAGCUUCAGUUGGGCGCCCACUGUGAGCGCAUGCGCGGAUUGGCCUCCCACAUGGUUGGCUACCACUUCUGCCAGGCGGACGCCAAUCUCACCUGCCAGGUGCCGGAUUUCGUGCACUCGCUUGCCGCCCAGCUCUGCCAGGCUCCUCAAUUGACCGCCUACAGGGAUUACCUGCUGUCGGAGCCGCAUCUCCAGGACAUUCUCAGUGUGCGCGAGUGCAUCGCGGAUGCGGAGAGAGUGAUGAAGUUGGCCAUUCUGGAGCCACUGUCGCAGCUUCACCGGGCGGGCAAGAUUCCCGCCAAGGUGGCUGUCAUCUUGGUAGAUGCCCUGUGCGAAGCGGAGUACCAUCGUCCCGAUCAUGGGCACACCAUUGCCAGUUUCCUGGCUCAACUCACACCGCACUUUCCGGCCUGGCUGAAGUUGGUGGCCACUGUGAGGACACAGAUGCUGGAGCUGGUCAAGGCGCCCAGCUACACGCAACUCACACUGGACAGCUGGGCCAGCAGCCAGACGCUGCAGCAGGAUAUGCUGGACUACAUUGGCGCCCGGCUGACGGACAGUCCGGAAAUCCGCAUGAACAUCGGCGGAGGAGGAGGCCAGAACUCACAGGCGGGGAGCCAACCGCAGACGAAGUUCGUGUCCCACCUGCAGUCCUUGAGCCGGGGCUCUAUGCUGUACGCCAAGCUCAUCCUGGAUCUCAUAGCCCGCGGCCAGUUGGUCAUCAAAUCCUCCAGCUACAAGGUGCUCCCCGUCUCGCUCGCCCAGAUCUUUCUGCUGCACUUUAAUCUGCGCUUUCCCACCGCCCGCAGCUUCGAUCAGGCUGCUCCGAUCCUUAAUGUCUGUCUGGCUGCUCUGUACCCGCUGACGCUGGACGAGAUCUUCUACAGCAUGGAGGCACUGGGCCAUGGGCGGGAGGCACUCAGCUGGCCGGACUUCAUGCAGCGUUUCAAGCUGCUGGAUGGCUUCUUAAUCAAGAGGUUGGACAACACAUACAUGUUCUUUCACAGCUCCCUGAGGGAGUGGCUGAUGCGCCGGGAUGAGGGCGAGUCCAACAAGUUCCUCUGCGAUGCCCGGCUGGGUCAUGCGGCCAUCGCGUUCAGAUUGUCACGCCUGCAGGCUCCACUGUCGCCGCAGCUCACUCUGGAACUGGGUCACCACAUGCUCAAGGCCCAUUUGUACGGGGGAACAAGUCUGACUCUGCUUUCUCCCCGGGAUUUGCAGUCCUAUUGGUUGGCUGGAGCAGCGGACAAUAUCUCCUCCUCGCUGGGCGCCCUUCGCAAUGUCUACAGUCCGAACUUAAAGGUCUCCCGGUUGGUUCUCCUGGCUGGAGCUUCACCAAAUCACCGCACGGAUUACAUGGGCGGAGCUCCGAUCCUUUGCAUUGCUGCUCACGAGGGCAUCCUGCCGAUGGUGAGUCUGCUGCUGGAAUUCGGCGCCGAUGUGGGUCUGACCAACAGUCAGGGCUGUACUCCCUUGAUUCUGGCCGCCAUGCGUGGCCACUGCGACGUAGUGCGUCCGUUGGUGGCCGCCGGCAGCAGCCUUGGCCAGCUGGACAUCACGCAGCGCUGUGCCCUGGUCCAUGCCGCCCGGAUGGGUCACCUCAGCGUGGUCAAGUACUUGCUGGCCUGCGACUGGUCGCCUCGGCCGCACUCCCAGGAUGUCACCAGAUCGGUGGCACUGCAGCAGGCACUGAUUGGAGCCGCCGCGCAGGCGCACUGCAAGAUCCUCGAGGAUUUGCUGGAUCUCAAUGAGACCGAGUUUGACCUGGAUGUGAAUGGCAUGGAGCCGAGCAGCGGAGAACUGGCGCUCACAGCCGCCGCUCGUCAUGGAUGCGUCGAUGUUGUGGGCAUUCUGCUCUCCCGCGGCGCCCAGAUCGAUGCCAGGAAUCGCCAAGGAUAUUCGGCCCUUUGGCUGGCCGUCAAGGAGGGUCACUGGAGCGUAGUGGAGCAUCUGUUGCAACGAGGUGCCCUGCUGGACGAGCCACUGGGUCAGACACGCAAGACGCCGCUGAUGAUCGCGGCGGAGGAGGGACAUCUGGAGUUGGUGGAGCUGCUGCUGGCACGGGGAUCGGCACGAGAGGCACAGGAUCACGAGGGAUUUACGGCCCUGAGCUGGGCCUGCUUGCGUGGACACUUGGCGGCGGCCAAGACGCUCAUCGAACAUGGAUGCAAUCGGCACCACGAGGAUCACAAUGGACGCACUGCUCUGGAUCUGGCCGCAUAUCAGGGUGCCGCCAGUCUUGUGCUCUACAUCCUCGACCAGGGCGGCAACCUGGAACACAUCGAUGUACAUGGAAUGCGUCCUUUGGAUCGCGCCAUUGCCUGCCGUAACAUCCAAGCCGUGCAGGUGUUCCUGCGCAAGGGCGCCAAACUGGGACCCACCACUUGGAGCAUGGCCAUGGGCAAGCCGGAGAUCCUGGUAGUGCUGCUCAACAAGCUGCUCGAGGACGGCAAUGUGCUGUACCGGAAGAAUCGCUUCCAGGAGGCGGCCCAUCGGUACCAGUAUGCCCUGCGCAAGAUCUCCGGACUGGAGCAGUUGCUGGAGAGGAAUGCCAUCUUCGCCCAGCUGCGGACCAAUCUGCUGCUGAAUCUGUCGCGCUGCAAGCGAAAACUAAAUGAACUUGACGCCUCCAUAGAUUUGGCCACGCAGGCGAUUGCCCAGAAGCCGCACAGCUACGAGGGAUACUACGCCCGGGCGAAGGCGCGCAUGGAACUGGGUGCCCUGAACGAGGCGCUGUUGGACGCCAAUGAGGCGAUGCAGCAGGCCGCCCGGAGCGGAGUCCUCUGCGAGGUGGUCGAGGUGCUGAAGCGCAUCCAAACCGAGCUGCUCACCCGGAUCUCCAUCAGCAGCGAGGAUCAGUCCGGCCGGAUGUCGAGCAUCGGCGGCGGGGCAUCCGCCGUUUAUGAAUCUCAUCACGAGAUCACCGAUUUGUAAAUGUCGAUUGUUGUGUAAUGUUGUACUCCUCGUAUACCCCCUUCGAAUUCAUCCCUAUUCUAGUUUAAGUGCUACUCUACCCUUACUUUUUGCUAUUUAUUGCCUUCGAAUGUUCUUAAUUUAAACAAACCGCAACUAUUUUUGUAAUUUCCUUUGAAAUUGUCUUUUUAAUUGUGUCUACGCAUGUAAAAAUUAGUUUUAUACGCUGAUUUACCAUUAGCAUCAGUUC